GAAACUUCAUUAAAAGAUAUGCAAUUUCGAGGUAUAUUGGGACACUAAUAAUAUGUAAGAUUAAAUAUAUAUUCUUUUCAGUGUUGAAUGCGGAACAGCUUCCUAUUUAAAAAUUUCAACCACAAGGACCAGACGCCUGUCUACUUGUAACUAAAUAAGUUGGAGGAAACAAAACCAAUCUUGAAAAAUGUCAAGCAUCAUUCAAUCGUUAGAGCAGCAAGUAACCUCGAUCGAUCCCUUCUAUGUUUCAAUCUUUUCCUUCGUUUUCUUCACUUAUUUCCUUAUCAAAUGGCUUAUUUGUCCUGCUUCCACACACAAAAACCUGCCGCCUUCACCGCCAAAGCUCCCAAUUCUUGGAAAUCUCCACCAAGUUGGGGGUUACCUUCACCGGUCCCUCUUGUCACUGGCUCGGCGUUACGGCCCUGAUCUUAUGCUGCUUCAUUUUGGUAUCAAACCUGCACUUGUAGUCUCAUCCUCAGAUGCCGCAAGAGAGAUCAUGAAGACGCAUGACCUUGCUUUCUCAAAUAGACCAAAGUUUGGUUCCAUUGGGAAGCUUCUCUACAAUCACAAGGAUGUGGCUGGUGGUCUAUAUGGUGACCACUGGAAGCAGAUGAAAAGCGUUCUUGUACAUCAUGUACUGAGUAACAGAAGAGUUCAAACUUAUCGAUCCGUAAGAGAAGAAGAGGUAGCUUGCUUGAUAGAGAAGAUCCAGGAUUUAUGUUCAUCAUCUUCGCCGGUAAAUUUGAGUAAAAUGUUCUCUAGCUUCACGUAUGAUGUGAUAUGCAGGAUAUCAUUUGGGAGAAAGUACGACAGCGGAGACCGCGGCGAAAGUGGCAAAAUAUUCCAGAAGCUGUUGGGGGACCUGAUGAUAUUACUGGGGAGUUUUGAUCUUAGAGAAUUUAUUCCUUGGCUUGGAUGGGUUAUUAGUUGGGUCAACGGCUUUGACGCUUAUGUGGAUAGAACUGCGAAAGGUUUGGAUAAAUUCAUAGAUGGAAUAGUUGAAGAGCAUAUCAAUAGCCUAGAAAGAAAAGCUCAUUCUGAUGUUAGUAAAGAAUAUGUAAAAGAUUUUGUGCAAGUGCUGGUCGAGCUGCAAAAAGAUACCAAUAUGGGCGCCAAUCUUGAUCGAGAGAGUAUCAAGGCUCUCAUUUUGGAUAUUUUUGCUGGCGGGUCUGAUACCACAUACACAGUCUUAGAAUGGACAAUGACAGAGAUCAUAAGGCACCCUAGAGUCAUGAAGGAAUUACAGAAUGAAGUGAAGAGAAUUUCUGAUGAAAACUCAGUCAUAACUCGCAUAACAGAAGCUGAUUUGAACAAAAUGCAUUACCUUAAAUUGGUGAUCAAAGAAUCUCUGCGGCUACACACUCCUUUUCCGUUAUUAGCAGCAAGAGAAACAAUCCAAGAUGUCAAAAUAAUGGGCUACGACAUUGCUGCAGGAACUAUGGUAUUAACCAACGCUUGGGCUAUGGCAAGAGACCCCAAGACAUGGACCAAACCUGAAGAGUUUUGGCCUGAGAGAUUCUUGAACAGUUGUGUAGAUUUCAAAGGUCAUGACCAUGAGUUCAUUCCAUUUGGAUCUGGUAGGAGAGGCUGCCCAGGAAUUUCAUUUUCCAUGUCAAUUAUUGAGCUUGUGUUGGCCAAUCUUGUCAAGAAUUUUGAAUGGGUACUACCUGAAGGAACUAACGUAGAGGACUUGGAUAUGACUGAAUCUAUUGGUAUGACUACUAGCAGAAAGAAUCCUCUUAUUGCUGUUGCAAUACCUAUUUCUAAGUAGAACAUAUAUUAAUGCUACAAUAAUAGGCUAUUCUUCAUUUUCUAUCGGUACAAUUGGUAUUGCAUUGGAAACUAUUCUGCACAAA